CGUACAAGGAACCCUGAUAAUCCUACUAGAGGCCUUUUCCUGGCGGUCCCCUUUUGGGACCAGUUGGUCUGGACACCUCGGCGACGUCUCCCUGGUCCGGACGGCGUAUGAGGGCUCGAAAAGUCCCUCAAAAUGUGAUCAAAUGGCUAACAUUUCCCAGAGGCCCGUUUUCGCUCUGAUACGCUGACCGGACCCUUGACGAAUCCCAGGGAAACAAUCCCAGACUCAACAAGCCGCUGUGUAGGUGCUAGAUCUCCGCCGCCAUGCGUCGGGAACACAGCCGCAUAAGGCCUCCUUUGGAGCCCCUCACUACUGGUCCGGACACCGACUCAGACUAUGGCAUGUUUUUCCUCGGAGGCCCCAGCUGGUCCGGAUUAUGUAUGGCAUACCCGUCCGGGAUGCCGAGUUUGGUCCGGACGAGUGAAAAGGCCUAUGGUAUGAUUGUCAGGGGUCCACUCGUACAUUUUAUACUCGCUGGAAUGGACAAAGAACAGCAGAACUUGCGUCUCUAUGAAGUUACGCAGUGAUUGGACAGCCAUCACCACCUCACCGGCGGUUCUCGGCGGUCCACAUGAACCGCCGGGGAAAGCGGACUUGGAAUGCCA